CACUUGCACUGUUGGAAGCAUUAAGUGCAAUGUUCACACUCUCACUCUCUCAUACUCAUGCAUACUUUAAUCAAUCAUCAUAUUUAUCUUUGCAACUAAAAUGGCGUCGUCACAACCAGAGAUGGAGCAUCCAAAGAAGGUUUUUGGUUGGGCUGCUCGGGACUCAUCUGGGCUUCUCUCCCCAUUCAACUUCUCCAGAAGAGAAACGGGGGAGAAAGAUUUGGUAUUCAAAGUGCAAUACUGUGGAAUAUGCCACUCAGAUCUACAUAUGUUAAAGAACGAGUGGGGCAACACAACCUAUCCUCUGGUUCCUGGGCACGAGAUUGCUGGUGUGGUAACAGAAGUUGGAAGCAAGGUGCAAAAGUUCAAAGUUGGAGACCGGGUAGGUGUGGGGUGCAUGAUUGGAUCCUGUCGUUCAUGUGAAAGCUGUGAUGAAAAUCUUGAGAAUUACUGCCCCAAAAUGAUUCUCACAUACGGUGUCAAGUAUUUUGAUGGCACCAUAACACAUGGAGGCUACUCUGACUUGAUGGUUGCGGAUGAACACUUUGUGGUUAGAAUUCCGGAUAACCUACCACUUGAUGCUGCUGCUCCUCUCCUCUGUGCUGGGAUCACUGUGUAUAGCCCUUUGAGAUACUAUGGACUUGACAAGCCUGGUCUGAAUCUUGGUGUGGUUGGUCUUGGUGGACUUGGUCACAUGGCUGUCAAGUUUGCCAAAGCUCUUGGAGCUAAUGUCACAGUGAUUAGCACAUCUCCUAACAAAAAGAAGGAAGCCAUUGAGAACAUAGGAGCUGACUCAUUUGUGGUUAGCCGUGAACAAGAUCAGAUGCAGGCUGUAAUGGGAACCAUGGAUGGUAUCAUUGACACAGUUUCUGCUGUCCAUCCUCUUGUGCCUUUGAUUGGCCUGUUGAAGCCUCAUGGUAAACUAGUCAUGGUUGGUGCACCAGAGAAGCCUUUGGAGUUGCCAGUAUUUUCUUUACUUAUGGGGAGGAAAAUGGUUGGUGGCAGUAGCAUCGGAGGGAUGAAGGAGACGCAAGAAAUGAUUGAUUUUGCUGCUAAGCAUGGAGUGAAGCCUGAUAUUGAGGUUAUUCCCAUAGAUUAUGUGAACACUGCAAUAGAGCGCCUCGCCAAAGCAGAUGUGAAAUAUCGAUUUGUAAUUGACAUUGGAAACACGUUGAAGCCAAGCUCUUGAGUAUAUAAAGAAAUAUGCAUGCGUGAUUCAGACUUCAGAUACUGAACGUACAUGGGGAAAGAGAUAAAGAUUGAGAAUUGAUAAUAAUUUCUUUAAGCAUUAUAUGUGUUUUCCGUAAUGAGUUUUUGUUUCAAGGAUUUAGCUACGCUAUUCCUUGAUAAAUAAGCAAUUAAGUGUGGGGUGUGCAAUUGCUUAAGCUUGGUUAUAAUCCCUUUGGGACGAAAAUUGUUUUGUACUAUAUAUACAUUUUAAAGAGUGAAAUUGUGUGAGAUUAUGAACAUGUUAAAUGUUUUUAAUUAUUUUGAUUGUUGGCAAGAAA